GUAGCAGCUGUACAUAGGCAUAUAAUCUAUAACCUGUACCCUAUAACCUAUUUUUAUCUCUUCCUCUUUUACUCGGUACAGUGCUUGCCACGUGUGAUUCCACUAAAUGUUGGAGGAUACAAUUUUGUAACCACACUGUCAACGCUCACCAAGGACAAAGACUCAAUGCUGGCGGCUAUGUUCAGCGGAAGACACACCCUGGAUACUGACAGUGAGGGGCGAUACUUUAUUGACCGCGAUGGGACGUAUUUCAAGUACAUUCUAAAUUUUCUUAGAGAUAGAAACCAGCUGCCUUCAGCUGAUGUUGCGCUUGAGGUAAGGAUAACAUUUGCAUGCUUUUCGUCAUGAAUAUAGAGACUAUAAUUGAAAUAUUAGGAGAAAAUAAAAGCAAAGAACAAAACGAGAAAUCACAGCAGAUUUAAGAAUCUUCUGUAAAGAUUUUUAGACAAAGAGAAGAGAGGGAAAGAUAAGGAGAUCGAGAGGUUGUUAGCCUGCGAGCAGGUUCAAUUGUGCGAGUUCGGGGAAGAUUUUGGCGGCGCAGACGCAGAUACCUAACCUCAUCCCAGGGCGCUUUUCCCUGGCUUUGGAGGUGGGGCCUCUCUUCCCACAAAGCACCGCAUGACUCGCAUUCAAUCAUCUUUCCCUGCCGAAAAUCAUUUAAACGAGGAUUGGGGAUGAUUCUGCUUAUUCACUUUAAUGACUGCUGUCGUUUGCCCCGUGACCCGAGGAUGGUGUGGUUGACACUUCAGCUUUUCUUCUUUACCUUUCCAGGUAUAUAAAGAAGCACAGUUCUACCAAAUAGAAGAUCUAGUACAAAUACUAGAACGGUUCUCUGUCGUGUUCUCAAACAAGUUGGAAAACGCGCGCAAAAUGAAACUCGGGAACGACUUAUCCAAAUGGCAGCAAGACAUCAUUGCGCAGGCGCAGAAAAAGAGCCUACAGAACCUCGCCUCCACGAGUAAGGUGAGCCUGCUGUCACUCGAGGAUCAUGAGAAAAUCAAAGAAUGCGGAGAAUGCGUGGGUCCACAUGCGCACAAUCUGGUGGUAUCCAAAUCGGCUAAACAGGGUUUAGUACACCAUCAGGAAACAUUUGAGUACGUACAGAGAAGGUUUAAAGAGACAGAUCUAGUCGUUUGCUUUCUGAACAACACGGAAAUGAAAUUGUUUGUCGGCAUCACCGAGGCGGACUUGAAGAACAAUGGUUACUGCUGCACCUUCCGCGAAGAGAAAAUACGCUGCAAGAACUUUAAAGUUCAUUAUGGAAUAGGCAAAGAGGAGUGCCGCUUUAAUGUCACGGAGCACAUAGUGGAGUUUGAAUGGUAA